GCCCCAGCUGCUCGGUCAGGUCCUGUGUGGCGGCGCACUGGCAUGUGUGCCUGUCAGUUAACUACACAAGGAUCAGCAGUCGCUUGCCUGCUCCAUUCACACACCACACUGAGCUGUUCAAGCACAGCGCGGUUCUGGAGAGCUACCCCCACCUCCCUCUCUCUCUCUCUGCAUCUGUUGAGACUAUCUGUGUGUACACCGUUCACCUGCGUACCACAGACACAAACGACCGACAGGCUGAGAUUGAUGAACCGAUUCCUUGGAGCUGUGAAGAAAAUGAACUAGUUGAACAUCAAAACGUGCAGGACUGAACAGCAAGGAAGACUGGUUGAGAACCUUUUCAAGUCAGGUUCUAUUGACUUUCCUGAUGCUGGUAACAGCAGAAUGAAGAUAACUUUUAUUCACAAGUUUCAGACAGAAAACAGGUCUUCCUGAAUUGAGCAUUGAGACAAGAUUCGAGUGAAACAGUGGAAGGCUGGACACAUAAUGCCUGAAGUAUGGAUGUGAAAGAACGUAGGCCUUACUGCUCCCUCACAAAAAACAGACGCGAUAAAGAGAGGCGCUACACAAGUUCAUCAGUAGACAAAGACGACUGCCGGGUUCCGACACAGAAAUCCUACAGUUCCAGUGAGACUCUUAAAGCCUAUGAUCACGAUACCAGGCUCCUGUAUGGAAACAGGGUCAAAGACUUGGUUCACAGGGAGGCUGAUGAGUACACAAGACCAGGGGCAAACUUCUCCCUGAGGGAACUGGGAAUCUGUGAGCCCACCACUCGAAGGGGGCUGGCGUUCUGCUCGGAGAUGGGGCUCCCCCACCGAGGGUACUCCGUGAACGCAGGCUCGGACGCUGACACGGAAAAUGAAGGAGUGAUGUCCCCGGAGCACGCCAUGAGGCUGUGGGGCAGGGGAGUCAAAUCCGGGCGCAGCUCCUGCCUGUCCAGUCGUUCCAACUCAGCGCUCACACUGACUGACACCGAGCAUGAAAACAACAAGUCGGACAGUGAGAAUGGUCCUCCCAUGCCAUCCUCCUCCUCCUCGUCCAGUCCAUCAGCCAUUGAGCAGUCUGGUUCCCCACUUUCGUCGCCCAGUGCCAAUGGCAACCAAAGGCGGUUGCUGGGCAACAGCGGCACGCAGCCGGUUCAUGACUCUGACACAGAUGAUGAGGAAAGCAAUGCAAAUUCAUAUCUAGCUCAGGCCAGUUCAGGCACUGCCUGUGUGCCCGAUAAUGAGCAACCAGCCAACCACCAGAGCCAGUCAACAUUGCAACCACUGCCCCCUGUGCACAAGCAGCACCUGACUCAGCAGCAACCUGCUGUCACCUCACUCAACAGGAACUCACUGAGCCAGCGGAGGAACCAGAGUCCGGCCCCAGCGGCCGUCUUGCCCAGCGAGCUGCCCACCACACCGGAAUCUGUCCAGCUGCAGGACAGCUGGGUCCUUGGGAGCAAUGUGCCACUGGAGACCAGAAAAUUAGCAAAGCAGGCAGUUCUUGAAAAUGGGCAUGACAACCUAAUAGAGAUGGAUGUAUUUACUCCACCAUGUCACGAUGGGAGUUACGGGGACGGGCAUUUCCUUUUCAAGACGGGAACAGGGACUACACCAUUGUUCAGCACAGCCUCGCCUGGUUACACCAUGGCUUCGAGUGCUGUCUAUUCACCGCCGCCGCGCCCACUGCCAAGGAACACUCUUUCCAGAAGUGCUUUUAAGUUCAAGAAAUCAUCCAAGUACUGCAGUUGGAAGUGCACAGCCCUAUGUGCAGUUGGCGUGUCAGUCAUUCUGGCAGUUCUGCUGUCUUAUUUCAUAGCAAUGCAUCUCCUCGGCCUGAAUUGGCAGCUACAGCAGAUUGAUAAUUACACAUUUGAAAAUGGCAAAGUGAAGACUGAGACCUCACCUACCAAUGUCGUGACUGCGACUUCAGCCGAUGGGGGAAAAUUUGGAUUCCCUCAUCAAGAAAACAAUACCAUCGAUUCAGGUGAGGUGGACCUGGGCCGGCGGACGAUACAGGAGGUGCCUCCGGGGGUCUUCUGGAGAGCUCAACUCUUUAUUGAUCAGCCCCAGUUCCUGAAGUUCAACAUAUCCCUUCCUAAGGAUGCAUUGAUUGGUGUGUACGGCAGAAAAGGACUGCCUCCCUCACACACUCAGUAUGACUUUGUGGAGCUUCUCGACGGCAGUAGACUGAUCGCCAGAGAAAAGCGCAGCUUGGUUGGUCUUGAGCACAAAAGACGGCACAUCAGAGCAGUGAGCCUGCAAGAGGCUGGUUUUGUCCAGUACCUCGAUUCUGGAGUCUGGCACCUGGCCUUUUACAACGAUGGGAAAACAGCAGAGCACGUAUCCUUCAAUACCAUUGUCAUAGAGUCUGUGAUGGAGUGUCCACGAAAUUGUCAUGGGAAUGGAGAAUGUGUUUCUGGAGCCUGUCAUUGUUUUCCUGGAUUUUUUGGGCCUGAUUGUGCGCGAGCAACAUGCCCGAUAUUGUGUAGUGGCAAUGGGCAGUAUUCCAAAGGACGCUGCAUUUGUUUCAGUGGCUGGAAAGGGACAGAGUGUGACGUGCCCUCAUCCCAGUGCAUCGACCCUCUUUGUGGAGCGCACGGCAUCUGCAUCAUGGGCUCCUGUGUUUGCAAUUCGGGCUACAAAGGAGAAACAUGUGAGCAAGCGGACUGCUUUGAUCCGACCUGUUCAAACCAUGGAGUCUGUAUCCACGGAGAAUGCCACUGCAGUCCAGGAUGGGGCGGUGCGAACUGUGAGAAUUCAAAAACCAUGUGUCCCGAUCAGUGCUCCGGCCAUGGGACCUACCUUCAAGAGAGUGAUUCCUGCACUUGUGAUCCAAAUUGGACAGGUGCAGAUUGCUCACUGGAAAUAUGCCCCGUGGAGUGUGGAACACAUGGUGUGUGCCUCGCUGGGGCCUGCCGCUGUGAGGAAGGUUGGACGGGGACAGCGUGUGACCAGAGAGCGUGCCACCCUCGCUGCUUGGAGCACGGAACCUGCAAAGAUGGCAAAUGUGAAUGCAACCAGGGCUGGAAUGGCGAACACUGCACCAUAGCACACUUCCUGGAUAAAAUAGUUAAAGAGGGUUGUCCUGGCCUUUGCAAUAGCAAUGGAAGAUGUACCCUUGACCAAAAUGGCUGGCAUUGUGUUUGCCAGAUGGGUUGGAGAGGAGCAGGCUGUGAUGUUGCCAUGGAGACAGCGUGCUCAGAUAGCAAGGACAACGAGGGAGAUGGACUGGUUGACUGCAUGGAUCCCGACUGCUGCCUACACAGCGCCUGCCAAAACCAGCCAUACUGCCGCGGAUCACCAGACCCACUGGACAUAAUUGGUCAAAGCCAGCAGCCACCCUCCCAACAAGCUGCCAGGUCCUUCCAUGACCGAAUUAAGUUUCUUAUUGAACCAGACAGCAGUCACGUCCUACCUGGGGAAAAUCCUUUCAACAGCAGCCUGAGCUCUGUUAUCAGAGGGCAAGUCCUCACAGCAGAUGGAACACCCCUCAUCGGAGUGAAUGUGUCCUUUCUGCACUACCCACAAUAUGGCUACACCAUCACACGCCAGGAUGGAAUGUUUGAUCUGCUGGCAAAUGGUGGAGCCUCCCUCACCCUGUGCUUUGAACGUGUCCCAUUCAUCACCCGGCAUCAUACCGUGUGGAUUCCUUGGAAUGUUUUUUAUGUGAUGGACACCAUGAUCAUGAAGAAGGAAGAGAACGAGAUUCCCAGCUGUGAUCUGAGUGGAUUUGUGAGGCCGAAUCCUGAUAUCUUGGCUUCCCCUCUCUCCACCUUCUUCCGCACAUCUCCGUCGGAGAGUCCCAUCAUUCCUGAGACACAGGUGCUUCAUGAAGAGACAGAGAUUCCUGGCACAGAUCUGAAGCUCACCUACCUGAGUUCGCGUGCUGCGGGGUACAAGCCAGUUCUGAAAAUCACAAUGACCCAGAGCACGGUGCCGUUCAACUUGAUGAAGGUUCACCUGAUGGUGGCUGUGGUGGGCCGUCUGUUCCAGAAAUGGUUCCCAGCGUCGCCAAAUCUGUCCUACACCUUCAUCUGGGACAAAACCGAUGCCUACAAUCAAAAGGUCUACGGUUUGUCUGAGGCAGUCGUUUCUGUCGGCUAUGAGUAUGAGUCCUGCCUGGAUCUCAUCCUCUGGGAAAAGAGAACUGCUGUUCUACAGGGCUAUGAAUUAGACUCUUCAAACAUGGGAGGCUGGUCACUCAACAAACACCAUGUUUUAGAUGUCCAAAACGGAAUUCUGUACAAGGGAAAUGGUGAAAAUCAGUUCAUCUCCCAGCAGCCAGCUGUGAUCAGCAGCAUCAUGGGUAAUGGGCGAAGGCGAAGCAUCUCCUGCCCCAGCUGCAACGGCCAAUCAGACGGCAACAAGCUCCUGGCACCCGUGGCUUUGGCAUGUGGCAUCGAUGGCAGCUUGUACGUCGGUGAUUUCAACUUCAUCCGUCGCAUCUUUCCUUCGGGAAACGUGACGAGUAUUCUCGAGCUGAGCAACAACCCAGCACACCGAUACUUCUUGGCAACUGACCCCGUCACUGGAGAUCUGUACAUCUCAGAUACCAAUACCCGGAGGAUCUAUCAUCCAAAGUCAUUGAUUGGUGCCAAGGAUGGGACAACAAACUCUGAAGUGGUCGCAGGGACUGGAGAACAGUGUCUACCAUUUGAUGAAGCCCGAUGUGGUGAUGGAGGCAAGGCUGUGGAGGCUUCACUGAUGAGUCCGAAAGGAAUUGCCAUUGACAAAAAUGGUUUGAUGUAUUUUGUGGAUGGGACCAUGAUCAGAAAGGUGGACCAAAAUGGAAUAAUAUCCACCCUCCUAGGUUCCAAUGACCUCACAUCAGCACGACCCUUGACCUGUGAUACCACCAUGCAUAUAAGCCAGGUCCGUUUAGAAUGGCCAACUGACCUCGCCAUCAACCCAAUGGACAACUCGCUCUACGUGCUGGACAACAACAUUGUGCUGCAGAUCAGCGAGAACCAUCAAGUGCGCAUCGCAGCAGGACGUCCCAUGCAUUGCCAGGUACCUGGAGUCGAGUACUCGCUGGGGAAACGGGCAGUCCACACGACACUCGAGUCAGCCAGCGCCAUCUCAGUCUCCUACAGCGGCGUUCUCUACAUUGCCGAAACAGAUGAGAAAAAGAUAAACCGGGUGAGGCAGGUAACCACCGACGGAGAGAUCUCACUCCUUGCAGGUGCACCCUCGGACUGCGACUGCAAGAACGAUGUCAACUGUGACUGUUACCAGACUGGUGAUGGCUAUGCCAAAGACGCCAAGCUCAACUCUCCUUCCUCCCUGGCCGUCUCCCCCGACGGCACCCUGUACAUUGCCGACAUGGGUAACAUUCGGAUCCGGGCAGCUUCUAAGAAUAAGCCCGUGUUGACGUCCAUGAACUUGUACAAGGUCGCAUCCCCUUCAGAGCAGGAGCUGUACAUCUUCGACAUCAAUGGCACCCACCAGUACACAAAGAGCCUCAUCACCAACGACUAUCUCUACAACUUCAGUUACAGCAAUGAAAAUGACAUCACCGCUGUGACCGACAACAAUGGCAACACCCUGCGGAUCCGAAGGGAUCCCAACCGCAUGCCGGUGCGAAUCGUGUCACCGGAUAACCAAGUGAUAUGGCUGACCAUUGGGACCAAUGGAGGACUGAAAGGCAUGACAGCCCAGGGCCAAGAAUUGGUUUUACUCACCUACCAUAGUUACAGUGGUCUCUUGGCAACAAAGAGCGAUAAGACUGGCUGGACCACUUUCUUUGACUAUGACAGUGAGGGUCGAUUGACUAAUGUUACAUUUCCCACUGGUGUGGUCUCAAAUCUCCAAGGGGAGAUGGAAAAAGCAAUCACUGUGAAUAUUGAAUCAUCCAACAGGGAGGAUGAUGUCACCAUCACUACCAACCUUUCUUCAGUGGAUGCCUUCUACACUCUUGUUCAAGAUCAGUUGAGAAACAGUUACCAGGUUGGUUAUGAUAGUUCCCUCCGGGUCAUGUAUGCCAAUGGCAUGGAUACCAGUUUCCAGACCGAGCCCCAUAUCCUGGCUGGCACAGUGAACCCAAUAAUAGCCAGGCGCAACAUCACACUCCCUGUGGAAAACAGCCUGAAUCUGGUGGAAUGGCGGUUCAGAAAGGAACAAGCCAGAGGAAAGAUCAGCGUCUUUGGACGCAAACUGAGGGUGAAUGGUAGAAAUCUUCUCUCCAUCGACUUUGACCGAACCACUCGGACAGAGAAGAUCUAUGACGACCACCGUAAAUUUCAGCUCAGGAUCCUCUAUGAUCAGUCAGGGCAUCCCACUCUCUGGCUGCCAAGUAGCCGACUGACAGCCGUUAACAUCACGUAUUCCUCCACCGGCCAGAUCUCCGGCAUCCAGCGGGGCCCGCUGGGCGAACGAAUCGAGUAUGACGAGCAAGGGAGAAUUGUGUCUCGCGUACUAACUGACGGGAAAACCUGGAGUUACACAUACCUGGAUAAGUCCAUGGUGCUGCUCCUCCACAGCCAGCGUCAGUACAUCUUUGAGUACGACUUACUGGAUCGCCUGUCUGCAGUCACAAUGCCCAGUGUGGCCCGCCAUACCAUGCAGACCAUCCGUUCCAUUGGCUAUUACCGUAACAUUUAUAACCCCCCAGAGAGCAACGCCUCCAUGAUCGUGGACUACAGCGAGGGCGGGCUGCUCCUCCAGACGGCUUACCUGGGAACCGGUCGCCGGGUGCUCUACAAGUACAGGCGGAUGUCCAAGCUGUCCGAGCUGCUGUACGACAGCACCCGCGUCAGCUUCACCUACGACGAGACAGCCGGGGUUCUCAAGACGGUCAACCUGCAGAGUGAGGGCUUCAUUUGCACCAUCAGGUACCGCCAGAUUGGGCCUCUGGUCGACAGGCAGAUCUUCCGUUUCAGCGAGGACGGCAUGGUGAACGCCCGCUUUGACUACAGCUACGACAACAACUUCCGUGUGACCAGCAUGCAGGCCGUCAUCAACGAGACCCCCUUGCCGAUUGACCUGUACCAGUUCGACGACAUUUCUGGCAAGGUCGAGCAGUUUGGGAAGUUUGGAGUGAUCUACUAUGACAUCAACCAGAUCAUCUCGACGGCAGUGAUGACAUACACCAAACAUUUUGACGCGCAUGGCCGAAUCAAAGAGAUUCAGUACGAAAUAUUCCGAUCGCUGAUGUACUGGAUCACCAUCCAGUACGACAACAUGGGGAGAGUGACAAAGCGGGAGAUGAAGAUCGGGCCCUUUGCCAACACUACCAAAUACGGCUAUGAGUACGAUGUGGACGGGCAGCUGCAGACAGUCUACUUAAAUGACAAAAUCAUGUGGCGCUACAAUUAUGACCUGAAUGGCAACUUGCAUUUACUAAAUCCCGGCAGCAGUGCCCGUCUGACCCCGCUACGCUACGACCUGCGGGACCGCAUCACUCGCUUGGGUGACGUCCAGUAUCGGCUGGAUGAAGAUGGCUUCCUUCAUCAGCGAGGAGGUGACGUUUUUGAAUACAAUUCCAAGGGACUCCUGGUGAGGGUUUACAGCAAGGUUGGCGGCUGGAACAUACAGUACCGCUACGAUGGCCUCGGUAGGCGAGUGUCCAGCAAGAUCAGCAUCGGUCAGCACCUUCAGUUCUUCUACUCCGACCUCAACUACCCCAACCGAAUAACACACGUCUACAAUCAUUCCAGCUCUGAGAUCACGUCCUUCUAUUACGACCUUCAGGGACAUCUCUUUGCCAUGGAGAUCAGCAGUGGGGAGGAGUUUUACAUCGCUUGUGACAAUACAGGGACACCGCUAGCAGUGUUCAGCAGCAACGGCCGAAUGAUAAAGCAAAUUCAAUAUACAGCCUACGGUGAAAUAUACCUGGACUCUAACCCUGACUUUCAGCUGAUUAUAGGGUUCCAUGGAGGUCUCUACGAUCCUUUAACAAAGCUGAUUCACUUUGGAGAGAGAGACUAUGACAUUCUGGGUGGCCGGUGGACAAGACCCGACAUCACCCUUUGGACAGAAGUUGCCAACGAUCCAGCCCCAUUCAACCUGUACAUGUUCAAUAAUAAUAAUCCAGUGGGCAAAGUGCAGAAUGUCAAGGACUACAUCACAGAUGUGAACAGCUGGCUACUGACAUUUGGGUUUCAACUCCACAAUGUUAUUCCUGGUUUUCCUAUACCCAGACAGGGCCUGGAGGAACCCUCAUAUGAGCUUUUAAGGAGUCAAGAAUGGGAUGAUGUACCGUUUCUGUCUGGCGUACAACAAACUGUGGCAAGACAAGCGAAGGCUUUCAUGGGAUUGGGAAAAAUGCCAGAAAUUCAGAUUGGCAGACACCAGGCCACUGGAGAGAAGCCAUGGCUCUGGUUCGGUACUGUCAAGUCUCUGGUAGGCAAGGGAGUCAUGCUCGCAAUCAGUCAAGGAAAAGUAACAACCAACGUGCUCAACAUCGCAAACGAAGACUGCAUAAAAGUUGCAGCGGUGCUAAACGGAGCUUACUACUUGGACAAUCUGCAUUAUACCAUUGAAGGGAAAGACACUCACUACUUCAUAAAGACCGCCUCGCCGGAGAGUGACCUGGGAACUCUGAGGCUGACCAGCGGGCGCAAGGCCCUGGAGAAUGGCAUCAAUGUCACCGUUUCGCAGUCCACCACUGUGCUGAAUGGCAGGACUCGAAGGUUUGCUGAUGUCGAAAUGCAGUACAAUGCCUUGUCGCUCCACGUACGCUAUGGAACGACCCUGGAUGAGGAGAAGGCUCGGAUACUGGAACAGGCCAGGCAGAGAGCACUGACAAGCGCGUGGAACAGAGAGCAGCAGAGAGUGAGAGACGGCGAGGAAGGGAUCAGAUUAUGGACAGAAGGAGAAAAGCGACAGCUACUGAGUGCUGCUAAAGUGCAAGGAUACGAUGGGUACUAUGUACUCUCCGUGGAGCAAUACCCAGAACUAGCAGACAGUGUGAACAAUAUUCAGUUCUUAAGACAGAACGAAAUCGGAAAGAGGUAACACACAGGCUAGUUGGUGGCUGCCAAAGAGAUAAAACUCAACACUUUUUCUGGAAGAACAGAAUAUUAGUCUUGCUGCCAUUAGUUACCACAGGUUACACUGAGGAGACUGAAAUAUCACUGCAGCACAACGUAGGCUGUUCUGAUCAAUCUGUAGCACAAGUUCUUUCUUAGAGCUGUUGGACUUGGUGGACGAUCUUUUUCUACUCAGUUGGACCCUACAAAGGAGAAAAAAGGUGUUCCUGCAAACAAAGACUUCAAAUCACCCUUCAUAUAAAGGAUUGUCAACUGCUUAAAAAAUUGUUUACAGUUGAAUGCCACUACACUCAGACCAAGGUGGACUAACAUAUGUAAAAAAAUAGCUUAACCGUUUUGUACUUGGCCAAACCUGUCGACUGUUUUCUGUUGUUUAAGAAACACCCGUAUUAAGCAUUAGAAUCAGUGUCCAAAUACAGAAACUAACUGUAUAAUUACAUGAGUAACCUUUGCUUACCAGAAGUAGUCUUAAUCUUUCCUCACAUUAAGUGGAUCCAGUGGCAGAGAGAAAACAACGCUUUUUAAUCACUGCACUGUGGAGUAAUGGAGGGCUUUCCUCUGCCUUCUACCGUGCUGCUUUAUACAAUGACACUUUGUGCAAAGUAGUGUGACUGUGAUAGAAACAGAAAACUACAAUAUUACAACGCCAUUGGAUUUGCCUUGGGAAAUCUCGCACUGUACAGGAUCACCCUCCCUGCAGAGCGAAGGAAAACUUUUUUCUUUUUUGUAAAGUGUGUGAGACCAGUACCUUAUGGAGUUUUUAUAUGAAUUCCAAUUUACUGUUCAUCAGAUACUAGUCUCAGAAGAUGUUAAUUUAUGUAAAGUGUUUCAAAGGAGUUUAUACUUGAAAAUAAAAUCUUUAAAAUACAGUGGCUGUCUUCUUACUUUACAGCUGGCUGCCAGAAUGCCUGAGGAGUAUUUAAUUGUGCAAACAUGUCACCUUUU